AUUUUGCGCGGGGUACUGAUCAACGAGGGAGCACAUUCAUUCAUCUAUAUCAAAAUCGACUUCACUAGAAUUACCAUCGACACUCCUCCUAUCAAAAAAGCAAACUCCCAAAUCUCAAACAUGACCUCCACAACUCCCCCAGAAAUCGCUGCCAAAGUAGAAUCCCUCAUCCCGCAAUUCACCCUAACACGGCUCCUCAACCAAGACCAAGCAGGCCGCCGCAUCUCCCUCCUAGGAACAAUCUCUUCGCAACCCGCCGUCCUCGUCGCCGAGCGCGCCGCCUUCGCAACAGACCAAGCGCACCUCUCCGCCUUCCCAACCUCGCUAACCCGCAUCCGCAACCUAGGCGCAAACGACAUCUACUCGUGGUUCCUCGCCAACUCUGGCAAACCCGUCCCCGACCAAUAUGGAACCGAUAUCCCCCCGGACUUCAAGCUCAAUCUCAUCUACCCUUGCACCGAAAAACACAUCAAAAAGUACUCGGCACAACCCCUCCGCAUGGUCACCGAAACCCCGGCAAUCUACGCAAACUACACGCGCCCCUGGAUAGCCGCGCAGCGCGAAAAGGGAACGCUGCAGUGGAUCUUUAAUAUCCUCGAAGGGAGGACGGAGCAGGAAGACGUCAUCUACCGCGAGCCCACAUCCCCGACGUCUGACGAGGGGUUCCUGCUCCUCCCGGAUCUAAACUGGGACCGCAAAACGCUGUCUUCGCUGCACCUCCUGGGGCUGGUGACGCGCCGCGAUAUCUGGAGUGUGCGGGAUUUGACAAAAGGGAAAGUAGGGUGGUUGAAGCAUAUGCGGGACAGACUUGUUGAUGCGACGGUGGGGUUGUACCCGGAGAUUGAGCGCGAUCAGGUGAAGCUGUAUGUGCAUUAUCAGCCUACGUAUCACCAUUUCCAUGUUCAUGUUGUGCAUGUUGCGCUCGAGAGUGGGGCCACGCAGGCUGUGGGGAAGGCGUUGGGGUUGGAGGAUGUGAUUGCGCAGCUGGAGACCAUGGCGGGUGGGGAGGACAGUGGGUUUGAGGGUGUAAGUUUGACGUAUGGAUUGGGCGAGGCGAGUGAGCUGUGGGAGAGGAUAUUUGGGGUUUUGAAGCGUGGUGAGGAGGUGGAUGUGGGUGGGUUUUGA